AUGAUGUCGACUUCAUCCCACACCCUUUUGCGCUCACUGCGCCUAACUGCAACCCGCAGAUGCAUUCCCUCCACCAUCACCACCGCCCGCACCUUGCACCCAUCCGCCCUCGCCCUAGAACCUAAGAAAGCCUCGAUCAAAGCCAUUGCCGAACUCCGCAAGCUCAUGCCCGGAACGUCCAUGCUUAAAGCCAAAGAAGCCCUGCUUCUCUCCCGCUCCCGCUCUUCUGCCGACUCGGACUCAAUCCCAGCGGCUUUAGCAUGGCUUGAAUGCGACCGUAAAAAAACGGGUGCCAUAAAGGCAGAGAAAAUCGCCUCUCGCCAAGCUCGAGAAGGUCUCAUUGCCGUAACGAUCCUCUCUGACGGUCUACCGAGCAAUAUGGAGCUCAAAUCGCAGCUGGAACCUCAGGCAAAGGUUGCCGGUAUUGGUGCAACAAGUGCAGCUAGUGGAGCGAUUGUCGAGGUGAAUUGCGAAACCGAUUUCGUUGCCAAGAACGAGGUUUUUGCUCAGUUGGUAAAGGACAUUGUUCAUACCGUUGCCCUUUUCCCAGCAUUGGCCAAGGAGAGUACGAGUGGAAAAGGAUUGGUGGAGGUGAAAGUGGAUGAGUUGUUAGCCUUCCCCUUACUGCCUAGUUCGCCCGAGGUAAAGGGCUCAAGUCUUGCGCCCAAGACGGUUGCAUCGGCGGUGGUGGAUGUUGUUUCGAGGUUAGGUGAGAAAGUGUCUAUUGCCAGGGCUGCGGCGAUUUUACCGCCGACAGUACCAGCUGCUGAUGCGCAGAGCAGAUCAACAACGCCAGAGGAUAGCGGUGCAGCGGUGGUGGAGUUGGCAAGUGCAUUUGCUCAUGGUGCAUCCCCGACUUUCGCUGCUGGGAAGGAUGCGAAUAAGCCUGCUUAUCUGUUGACAAGCGGCAGAGUUGCUUCCUUGCUGAUCACUCGUUUGGCUAGUCCCAAGCUACCUGAUGCACUCGCCUCGAGUCAUCUAGGUCUGCAGAACAACAUUAGGGCCUUGACAAGAAGUUUGGCUAGACAAGCAGCUGGUAUGCAAACAAAGAGUAUCAAGUCUUCAGCUGCCGACAAGGAGCAAGCCGAGGUCAGUACAGCAUUGUACAAGCAGCCAUUUAUCAUGUUGCUUCCUGCUGCUGCGCCUAGUGAGGAAAGCAACGGACAGAGUGUUGACGAGGUACUCAAGAUUUGGGCCAGUCACAAUAAGCUCGAUGCCGACAAGGGCCAUGUUGUCGAGGUGGUCGAUAUGCACAGGUGGCAGUUGGGUGAGACGGCUGCUCCUCAGGAGGCAAGUGGCGAAGCCUUUGCCCACCAGGUGAGCAAGGCUGCUGGUCUUUCAUAG